AUGAUGACUGUUCAGGUGCAGCAGCCAAAAGGGAAGGUGAUCUGGUACAAGAGAAAGGAUGUGAUGGGGGACUUCAGAGAGUGCUGUAUCUGUGUUCUUUGUCGGAGGUCUGCCACAGCUCACCGCAGGGGUGGGGCGCUGCGUUACACGCCCUCUCACCUGGAUAGUGAGGACCCUCGCACCUUGUCACAAAGGGUCCCACCUCACUUCCUGGCAGAGCCUCCUGACUUACCUAGCACCAAUUAUUUUCACUUCCCUGACGCCAGAGGUGGAACGCAGGGGAAAAGUUGGGGAAGCCGAUUCCAGCCACACCCCUAUGGGCCUCCCAGGGCUGAGAGCAUGAGUGUGCUCUUACGGGUCUCGGACCCCUUUUACUGUGAGAAUGAGGAUGACAUCUGGUCCCAAAUCCUCGCCACACAGUCAAAGGCAGCAGAAGUCACGGUGAUCAAGCUGGUGCAGUGCAGUCUCCCGGCUUUGGCGUUGUCUCUCAGGCUGUCUCCUAAGUUCUUGUGCACGGCUACAAAACAAAAGAGCAAUGGCCAGAACUUGGAAGAGGGCUCGUGUCAAAAUAAACAGAAUGCAGACUCUCCCUCUACAGAGAAGAUCCUCCUGGAAGAGAAGGUCAAGUUAGAAAAGCAGCUGAAAGUGACGAUGGAAAAAUAUCAGCGAGCUUUGGCAGAUACUGAGAACUUGCGGCAGAGGAGCCAACAAUUGGUGGAGGAGGCAAAAUUAUCUGGCACUCAGGGCUUCUGCAAGGACUUGUUGGAGGUUGUAGACAUUUUGGAGAAGGCAACACAGUGUGUUUCGAAAGAAGAGAUUGAAGACUCUAAUCCUCACCUGAAGAACCUCUAUGAGGGGCUCGUAAUGACUCAAGUCCAGAUUCAGAAGGUGUUCACAAAGCUUAGCUUACUCGAGGUGAACCCUGUUGGAGCCAAGUUUGACCCUUAUGAACACGAGGCCUUAUUCCACAUGCAUGAGAGGAAGGAGCGAGGCACAGUGGCACUAGCUAGCAAGAUGGGGUACAAGCUGCAGGAGUGCACCCUGAGACCUGCCCUGGUAUGGGUGGUGAAGGAAGCUUAG